CUUGCCCUCACUCUCACUAUUCUUUCCCCACUCUCUCUGCGCUCUUCUCCAUUUUCGCGGCUGCUCUCUGAAACCACAACAAUUUUUUUCUGAUUACAUAAUUCCUUCUUCUGAACUGCAAUUUAUUUAGUUAUAAACACUAAAAUUGAAGAUGAUGAAGGACAAGUGGAAUGCGCCGCCGGGUUUCAGAUCGACUAAAUCGGCUCCAACAUCCCCAGCCAAGCCUCUCGGGAUUUCAAGAACUCGAUAUGAGUCCUUUCACGUUGCCUACAAAGUCCCAGUUGGUGACACUCCCUAUGUCCGAGCCAAAAAUGUUCAAUUAGUCGAUAAAGAUCCAGAGAGAGCAAUACCGCUGUUUUGGGCAGCAAUUAAUGCAGGAGAUAGAGUGGAUAGUGCUCUGAAAGAUAUGGCCAUUGUGAUGAAGCAGCAAAAUAGGGCUGAAGAAGCCAUUGAAGCAAUUAAGUCUUUGCGCCAUCGCUGUUCAGAUCAAGCUCAAGAGUCCCUUGACAAUAUUUUAGUGGACCUUUACAAGAGAUGUGGAAGAUUGAAUGAUCAAGUAGCAUUGCUAAGGCACAAGUUGUAUCUAAUUCAGCAAGGAAUGGCUUUCAAUGGGAAGCGCACGAAGACUGCAAGAUCCCAGGGGAAAAAAUUUCAAGUGUCCGUGGAGCAAGAGGCCACCAGAUUGCUGGUACUAAUUCUGUCAAAUCGAAUUCCAAUUUUAUAUAUAUUUAUUCUUACGCUGAACGAAAUUGAAUUAUAACA